UUUACAGUUACAAUGGCCAGAGCAUAUCCUAUCGAAGCAGUUCGACUGUAUCUUCCGGAUGUUCAAGACAACAAUAUUUUCAAUGGGUUGAUGGUCAAAACAGGUAACAACAGUGAAAACUGGCACAAUUGCGGGACAAGUUAUGAGGCGUCUACAAUGAGUCGGUUUCCUCUUUUUGAAUGUGGAUUCUACAACGAUCACAUUGUACUGGUGGAAUUAAAUAACAGCUAUUCAAGUCUUUCGAUAUGCGAACUCGAAGUCUACUAUGGUUCACGUCUCAAUUUACAAGCUAUAGAUGUUACCGCAGAUAUAUAUCCUAAUACUUUUUCUGACAACUUGGGGGAAGGCAAAGCUGAAAAUGCCAUUGAUGGGUUUACGGACGUUGGAAAAACAGGUGUUGUAGGUGCUACUUAUUGUUCUUUGGCCUCUUAUGGGACUGGGAAAUUCGACUUGUCGUAUCUGCGUGUUGAUCUAAGAGCCGAUUGGUUUGUUAAAGCUGUUGGAUUAUUUCUUAGAGAUGGGAGCUUUAGACAAAAAUGGCAAAACGGUCUUCAAGUACGUAUAAGUACAGAAGCAAAGUUAGAAAAUUCCCGUCAAUGUGGAAAAAGUUAUGACUCCGAAAGGGAAGGCAUAAACCCAGUAUUUCAAUGCAACAAUCUGACAAGAUAUUUAUGGAUUGUUCUCAAAAAUCCAGUUUCGUCGUGGAUGUUGCAUGUGUGUGAAAUUGAGGUGUUUGAAGGUGUCGUAGGAGAAAUAGAUAAAGUAUUGUAUUCUUGCUUCUAUCCAAGCUCAAUCCUAGACGGAAAGAUGACAUUGAGUGGCUUGUCUGUUGGCAGUGUAGCAACGUAUCAGUGUGAGGAUGGACUUUACUUGAUAGGACCUUCGCAAAUACAGUGUGAAGCUACUGGAAGUUGGAGCCACGAACCACCAUUUUGUACAAAUGUUUGUCCUGAUCUUGGAAAUAUCUCUAACGGUCAAAUGCGUUAUUACAGCGGCUUUACACCAAAAGAUUUUGCUACAUUCACCUGCGAUAACGACUACUCUCUGGAAGGUCCAUCAACAAUUGAAUGCAUAUUUAGCAAUAAUAGCAAAUCUUCCAAGUGGAAUAGUGAUCCACCCAAAUGUGUUAGAAACGGUGUAAUCUGUGAAUUUCCUGUCACACCAGCGAACGGAGAGAUAAUUAUUGAACGUUUUCUUAAAACUGAAAGAGGAGUAAAAGUGCCUCGAGCAAUUCGCUACGGAUGUAAGAGAGGCUUUGUCGCUUCUGGUAGUGGUGGAUUCAGAAUGUGUAGAGCGACUGGGAGUUGGUCCGGUAAUCCGAUCAUCUGCGUACCCGUUCAUUGUGGGGCUCCACAACUGUUAAACGGCGGCUACCAAAUGCAGAACGACACUUAUGGGGAAAUAGCGACAUUUCAUUGCAAUCAAGGUUAUAAAUUAAUUGGUGAGGUUAACGGCACUUGUACAGAGACAGGAGAAUGGAGCUCUACCAGAUUGUGUAAACCUGUUAGGUGUAGAAGACCAUCCUACGAUUCUAUCAUGAUAAUGCGAUCAACCAAUACCACUUACAGAGGAAUAGCAAGCUUUUCUUGCCCCAAGGGAUAUAAUUUGAUUGGAGAAAAGACUGCACAAUGCUUGAAGGCGGGAGAUUGGAAUGCUUCUACGCCGAGAUGUGAAAUUGUAAGUUGCGGUGAACCUCCAAUUCCAAGAAAUGGCGCUAUUGCUGGAAAAUACACAUAUAAGUCAGAAGCUUACGUAACGUGUAAAAAUGGUUAUAAGUUGUCUGGGACAUAUCGACUCACAUGCAAUAGCAAUGGGGCAUGGAAUGACGCACCCGGAGUUUGUAUAGAAACACGUUGUUUUCCUGUAACUGCUCUUACUUAUGGCUCAAUUAAUUGGACAAACGGUCAAAAAUUUGAAUUCAAAGUUGGAGCAACUCUGGAAUUUGCAUGCGGUGUUGGGUACGAUCUCGUUGGAUCAUCAUCGUUAGAAUGCACACAGGAAACAAAUAAAGACGCCAGAUGGAGCCACGCUGUUCCCUCCUGCGCAGCGAAACAGUGUCCAAAUUUUACUGCACCUGUCCAUGGCUACAUAAGAGGAAAUAAUUAUCGUUAUCCUAACAGUGUUAAUGUUGCAUGUGACUUUGGAUAUAUAAUCUCUAAUGGCAGUAGUAAGCUGAACUGUGGUCAUACUGGACAGUGGAAUGGAACAGUGCCUCAGUGUAUAAAGAUGAGUUGUGCAUUACCAGCUGAGACAAGUAAUCUAAACUGUACUGGAGGAUAUCAAUUUGGAGAUCAACUUAAUUGCUCAUGCCCGUAUGGCUUUGCUCUGAUUGGCCACUCUGCACUUCAAUGCACAGCAAUUGGUCAGUGGACAGAUCAAAUGCCGCAAUGCGAACAGGUGGUAUGUAGAAAUUCGAGUCUGCCAACUAAAAGUGGCUACGUCACUGUAAAUUCAUUCUAUGUUGGGGGCAAUGCUACAUACUCGUGUAGCAGCGGGUACGAUCUGGUGGGCCCAAAACAGAGAACAUGCAAACAACUUUUGGAAAAUGUAGCUGUUGGAUUCUGGGACGGACAUCCUCCACACUGUACACCUAAACGAUGCAGUGUGCCUGAAGAUCCUGUCAAUGGCAUCGUAAUCGGAACAAAGUUUUAUUAUUCAUACUCUAUUGAAUAUCAAUGUCACUUUGGGUUUGAAAAAGAGUCUGGAAACGUAAAACGAACAUGUGAUUCAACAGGGCAAUGGAGUGGACUACCUUUAGUUUGUCAGGAUGUAUGCGUGAGUUUGAAAUCGAGGUGCUCUGAAAAAGAAAAAUGUAUUGUUGGCUCAAACGGACAAGGCUUGUGUGUUUGCCAAGAUCAUUCUUAUUGUUCACAACAAUCUGAUCCAGUAUGUGCUACUGACGGACUGACAUACCUGAACGAAUGCUUCUUGAAGAUAGCAGCUUGUAAAUUGCAUUUGUCUGACCUGCAAAUAGCUGCUAAGGGACAUUGCAAACCUAGCAACUAGAUAACAACGCAUUGAAUAUCGUGUGGCUUUGGCAGUAGAUAAUAAUUUGGAAUUUCAUUGCGGUAGUAUCUUUUGAAUACCGACUAAGAGAUGCCAAUUUCGCAAAUUAUAUCUGUUUUUGUGAUUUAGCUUGCUAAUCGUCACAAUGAACUGCUGUAGCAUCAAAAAUAACAUUUUUGUGUUUACGCCUUAAUGGAAUUCAAAUUCUAGUAAAACUGGUUGAAAAUGUA